CGAGCUCUCGCCGCCGGAAGGACCCGCUCCAAGAGCAGUCGCCGCUCAGCAUCAGUAGUAGUGGCACCUCUGGGAUGCGGUUCCCCUUUGGACAGCUAAAAAGUCAACCCAGGUCGGCACCGGACAAGAACUCAGGAGGCGGAGAAGGAGGAAGACGAAGAGAAGGAGGAGGACGAGGCGGAGGCGCUUGUCGACGCUACGGACGUUCGCCGCGGAACCAGCACGACUAUCCGGGCUUUGUGACGGCAUCGCCCGGUGCUUCUAUCACCGGAGCCCACACGUUCCCUCCACCAGUCCCAAGCGUGCGUGUGUGCUGAUGUGGAGGUGAGUGACGUGCACGCGCCGAUAGAUGCUCAGCUGAUGUUCUUUACAUGCAAGGCACAUUGGUUACAAGUUCACCUAAAGCCUAAAGGACCUCUGCCACUUUGAUGUGUGAGCUCAGUGAUGGCCCACAGUGGAAGUGCGGCUGACGACUUCCUGCUUCCGCUCCGAGUCCACCUGAAGGCUGCUGCCCACACCCGCGCCUGAUACUUGGGUGUCGUAGUCAUGAGGCUGCUGUGCAAGUCGCUGGACAAGAUGAGGUGUCUGAGGAAACGCUCCACCAUCCCCUUCCUCGGCUUCCUCAUCGCCUUCCUCCUCUUCCUCAACCUCUACAUUGAAGACGGAUAUGUGCUGGAAGAAGAUAAGAGGCAGCUUCGGGAAACGUCGGCCCACCCUCCCAGCUCCGAGCGCUACGUUCACACCUUCCGAGAGCUCCGUAAUUUCUCAGGAAGCAUAAAUGUCACGUAUCGUUAUCUCGCUGGGACGCCGCUCAACCGCAAGAAGUACCUGACCAUCGGGCUGUCGUCGGUGAAAAGAAAGCGAGGGAACUACCUGCUGGAGACCAUCAAGUCCAUCUUCGACCAGUCUAGCUAUGAGGAGCUGAAAGAAAUCGUGGUGGUGGUCCACUUGGCUGAAUUUGACCCAGUUUGGUGCGAGAACCUGGUGCAGGAGAUGAGCAGGAAGUUUGGCCACCACAUCAUCGCGGGUCGCCUUCUGGUGAUCCAGGCUCCAGAGGAGUACUAUCCAUCCCUGGACGGCCUCAAGAGGAACUACAACGACCCCGAGGACAGAGUGCGCUUCCGCUCCAAGCAGAACGUGGACUACGCCUUCCUGCUCAACUUCUGCACCAACCUGUCUGACUUCUACAUGAUGCUGGAGGACGACGUGCGCUGCUCCCGCAACUUCCUGACGGCCCUGAAGAAGGUGAUCACCUCCAGGGAAGGUUCCUACUGGGUGAUGCUGGAGUUCUCCAAGCUGGGCUACAUCGGGAAGCUGUACCACUCCAAGGACCUGCCUCGUCUGGCUCAUUUCCUGCUCAUGUUCUACCAGGAGAUGCCGUGCGACUGGCUCCUCAUCCACUUCAGGGGUCUGCUGGCCCAGAAGGACGUGAUCCGCUUCAAGCCCUCGCUCUUCCAGCACAUGGGCUACUACUCGUCUUACAAAGGGGCUGAGAACAAGCUGAAGGACGACGACUUCGAGGAGGACUCGGUCGACAUUCCCGACAACCCUCCGGCCAGCCUUUACACCAACAUCAACGUCUUUGAGAACUACGACGCCGCCAAGGCUUACAGCACCGUGGACGAAUACUUCUGGGGGAAGCCUCCUUCUACCGGAGACUUCUUUAUCAUCGUCUUCAACAAGUCCACCAAAAUCAGCAAAAUAAAGAUCUCUACCGGCUCUGACGACAGACAAAAUGACAUCCUGCACCGUGGAGCUCUGGAAGUGGGGGAGAAACUGGUGGGUACUAAAAAGGGGAAGCAGUGCUCCUCUUACAUCACUUUGGGGGAGUUCAAAAAUGGCAACAUCGAGGUCCAAGACGUGGACCGCAAGAUCUCCUUUGACAUUGAGUGUGUGCGCAUCGUGGUGACGGCCAGUCAGAAGGAAUGGAUCAUCAUUAGGAGUAUAAGUUUAUGGACUACACCUCCACCCAGCCAAUGAGGACUGCACACAGACUCUUAGUAUACCAUAGGAAAAACUCUGCUACUAUUAUGAAGUCUUUCCAGGUUCAUGUCAUCAUUUUCUACCUAUUUAUUAAUUUGGAUUUAUUGUUUUUUAAUCCCUUUGUGGAUCAUCAUUGUGUUUAUUAUUAGUUUGAUGAACAUGUAAAGCAGAAUGACGAUGACGGCACAAGAGUCAACUGACGUUUUAUGAUGCUGAUUCUGGGUUUCCAUAUGCCCUUUUAUUGCCAAUAAAUCCCACAAAGAUCAUCUAUUCAUUGAUUGACAGUUGGUUGUAAGCAGCAGCUUCUCAUUCUAGUUGUUUAUUGUCCAAAUAAAACUCUUGGUCUGAU